UUCUAUCAACGCUUCAGAUAUGAAAUAUUCAAUGUUCUGCUUGACCAAAUAAUUACCGAGUUAAAUAACCGCUUUGCUGAAAGAUCUACUCAAUUGUUGAGAUGCAUUGCUUGUCUUGAUCCAAGGAACUCAUUUGCUAAUUUUGAUGAAGACAAACUUGUUCAACUUGCUCAGAUGUAUGCUGAUGACUUCUCCAUAUAUGAGAUUUCUUUUGUCCUUAGAAACCAACUUGAAAACUUCAUUGCUGAUGUGAGAGCUGAUUCAAGUUUUGUUAGUUGUAAUGACCUUGGUAGUCUUGCUGUGAAGAUGGUUCAAACUGAUAGACACAUAGUCUUUCCUUUGGUAUAUCGUCUUAUUGAGUUGGCAUUGAUUUUGCCUGUUGCAACCGCAUCAGUGGAAAGAGCUUUCUCAGCUAUGAGUAUUAUCAAGACUGAGUUGAGGAAUAAGAUGGGUGAUGAUUGGUUGAAUUAUUCCAUGGUGUGCAAUAUUGAGCGAGAAAUAUUUGCAAAGGUUGAUGAUGAUGCUAUUAUAUAUCGCUUUCAAGCCUAUAGAUUUCGCAAAGGAACUUUACCUCCUCGUAGUAGUGUUGGCUCUUCUUCCACCGUUGAUCAAGUUAUGGAAGACACUGAUGAAGCAAACCAUUGAUUUGGAAGGUCAGGACUGUGGUUCUGUUGAAUGGGUUGACCCAGAGUGGCCUCCUACAAUGCAGAAUGCAUUGUUGAAGCUAUGGGAAAUGUAUCAAGAUAGUAGGAGUGAUAGGAGGAAGGAUAACCUGGAGAGUUCACUCACUAUUCACCAUUUGACAGAAGAAAAAAAUAAACUGGAGGCCAACUAUGACAAAUUAGUUGAAGAUGUUCAUCAACUUUUGAAUGCCCAAGAGGAUAGGGUGCUGGAUUUCAGAUAUUUGCAGUCUAAGAUGGAGAGUGCAGAGGAGAGGAAAGCUGAGGUGACCAACUCAGUGUUGGGGAUCGUAGCAGAAAUUUAAAAUUUUCUACGCAUCAC